CUUGCUCUCUUACUAUGGCUAAACAAAAGGGAAGAUGAAGGUAGUUUAUAUAAAUUAGUGACGUCGCUACGAGUCUGGUAUGAAGUAUAUUCCAGGGUCUCCUCAGAAGAUGAAAUCGAUGCCUGCCGGAAUGAGACGGUUUUGAGCAUAGCGGACUAUGUCAAGAAGAAUCCAAACGCUUCUAAGGAACAAAUGACGGCAGAAAUCGCAAAACAAGUUCAAGCUUUUGCAGACAAGGUUGAAUCAAUGUAGACCAGUCGAUUUGCAUAAUCCAACAUUUAUUGUUGGAUCUGCGUUCUCAAUCUUGGGAUUAUGUUUCAGAAAGCGUAGGAUCCCUAUUACCAUAUGUGGAAUUAUUGUUCCCAUAGGAUCUGAAGGAUACUUUUUCCCAAAUUCCAAUUGUACCAUACUGUAGAAUCCCGAAUUCAAAAUGCAGGAUAUGUUUUUACAUUCAAGAUCCUACUGUUGCCAAAUUCUGGAUACAUGUUCCCAAAUGCAGAGUCCAAAACAAGAUGUGGGUAUCCUCUAAACCCCCUGUCCAAAAUACAUACUGUAA